UUCCCACAUGACCUGAAGGCAGCCUCAGAUGAUGAGAGUGGGUCAUCAGCUGCAGACAGGCAGGUGUGGUCGAGACAUUCCGGGGAACCAGCGACUCCACCGGGACAAAAACAACGUUUACCACGGAUAUGUAAACAAGACCCUGCGACAAACCAACAAGUACACCUAAAUGACCAAACACCUUGUAAACCUGGACUGUAUAACCCUCCUUGUGUGGGAUUGGCUUUUCACCCAUCGCGCAGAGGAACUGGACUGAAAUUAAAGGAGCGGCUUAAAAGAACCUCUGCAGAUGUAACCACGACUGAACUGCAGAGAGAAAGAGGAACGUCUCGGAUUCUCGCUUCUCCCUUUUAUAAAAAAAAAAAAGGCAUGGAGUUAAUGAGUAAGCGGUGGUGGAUUUCAGUGCAAUAACACCCGUCCAUUUGCUUGUCAGAGCAACAACCACCAAAUGCUUGGUUUGAAUGGUUUGAAUGCAUAGACCUCUGCAUUAAAGGAGAGUACACCCUUCACUGACACAACUGUGGAUGUCAGAAAAUCAGUGAGUGUGUUUAGAACUCGUUGGAAAUCCCCAGCUGGAGUGUCAUCGGGUGGAACUGGAACUAAGGUGCGACCACGCGGCCACUCUCAGCAUGAAUCACAAAUGCAGAAAUCUCCAGAAACGGCUGUGCUCUCAUCGUGAAUCCUAACAGAAAUUAUGUGAACUUCUGAACCAAAACUCCCCAAAAAAGUUGCAGAGGAAAUUGAACUGGAAUGUCGUCUCAUUGGCGCGGGAAUGCCUGUGAUUUUUGGACAAACUCUCGUGCUGCUCUGAGCUCGUAGCAUAAGGAGGGAAUAACAAACGGAAACACCGGGGAGAUCAGGAAUAUCACCUCCUCUUAUGAAACUGAUUUGACUUGGGAAUACAGUGCGAGGCCUUCCAAAUGGCGGGGAAGGACUACAAUCAUCUCUUCAAACUGCUCAUCAUCGGAGACUCCAAUGUGGGGAAAAGCAGCCUGCUACUCCGCUUUGCAGACAACUCCUUCUCUGGCAGCUACAUCACCACCAUCGGAGUGGACUUCAAGAUCCGAACGGUGGACAUCGAUGGAGAGCGGGUGAAGCUACAGAUCUGGGACACGGCGGGGCAGGAGAGAUUCCGAACCAUCACAUCAACGUACUACAGGAACACCCACGGGGUCAUCAUUGUUUACGACGUGACAAAUCCCGAGUCGUUUGUAAAUGUUAAGAGGUGGUUAAACGAAAUCUCCCAGAACUGCGACAACGUUUGCAAGAUCCUCGUGGGAAACAAAAGUGACGACCCCACCCGGAGACAGGUGGAUACCCAGGAUGCUAUGCGUUUUGGGGAGUCGAUGGGGGUUCGGGUGUUCGAGACCAGCGCCAAAGAAAACAUAAAUGUAGAAGAGAUGUUCAUGGCUUUCACCCACAUGGUGCUCCGGGCCAAGAAGCAGAGCCAGAACCGAGCGGAGCGGGAGCGAGAGCGGGAGAAAGACACGGUGAACAUCAACUCUCACAGAGACCGGGACCGCCGGAAGAGAGGGAAGAAAUGCUGCUAAACAGACUCCACCACAAAGAGCAUUCAGACAAGAUUGGGAAAACGUGCCUUAGGGAGAAGAGCUCUCUGCGUGUCAAAGCUGCAGACGUUUGGAAAUGUGGCGUUCAAUGGCUGCAGGGAGAGAGGGGACCUGAGGCAGAGGGUUUACAGUCUGUCAGCACUGACUGCAUGUAGCAGCCUGGAGGGUAAAUGAGUUAAAGGAUCACUCUGGGGGUUCUCUAUGACAUUUUAGCCCAUUUACUACCACAAUCACACAAAACUAGACGGCACUCAAAGGGAGCAGCGCUUAGACCAGACUGUUAGCGCAUAAGAGAAAUGCAAUGCAUGCCCUUCAGGUGUCAGAGCAGAAACAGCAAUAAGAGUUCUCAUGAGGAGAAUAGGAACAACAAAUGCAAGUAGUAGUAUAAAUAAUAAAUAACAAGAGGAUUGCUGCAGCGAUUCCUAUCUUUCUUGGUCAUUCAGAAAACUGCAAAUAAGAUUUGCUGUUGAAAAUGCUCUCUAUAAACCAGUGUUAUCCUUGCUCUUUUUCGUCAGUGCAAACUUUAGGUUAAAAUCUCCCAAUAACACAGGAAAACUAUCGUACAGGCGUAUAAAUGUAGAGCUCAUUUGCAUACACUUACUUAGCUUGAAACAGGACUCUACUAACGACUUUUCAACAUCUUUUAACCUGCUAAUUAGUUUCUAGAUUAAUUUAAAAUAACAUGGGUGAAAUAAUUCCCAGGUGAUGCUACCAGAUGUUUUAUCUAAUCCAUAUUCCGUUAAAACAUAUCAACCUAGUUUCUACAAAUGAAAGCUCAGACUAAUCUGAAAUGUUGAUAUUUAGGCGUGCAAGGUUAUCGCAACGUUUCGGCGACCUCUGACCUCUUGCAUUACAUUUCCAAGUGUUUAAAUCUGUUGGACAGAUGCCAGGUGUAUGUGUUUUGACCUGAAGGCAUCUACAUCUAAAUAUUGACUCAUAGUGAUCGCUCCACAAGCGGCCAACAGGAAGUGACCGUGUGUGACUCACGUUAAGCCAUUUACAUGACAGAUGCAGUGUUGUCUAGGCCUCAUGUACUGGAGAACUACGCACAAUAACCUAUUGUAGAAUUUAUAGAAAACAAAAUGGACACAGGAAGUGGCAUUAAAGUCCUACCUGCAACUCUCCUAAUUCAUUCAAAUUCCAGAACAUAGUGCAAAAGUGAAAAUUUAGAACACCAUUGACUGUAUUUCCCUGCAACUGUGAUGUUUAAAUAUUGCAGAGAUACAACUGCUGCCUUUAAAUGUUUGUACCCGGGCAUUGAGACGUUAUUGGCUACCGGUGCGUUCACAAAACAUAUAUUUAUGAGAUUUUCGUUAAUUAAUUGUAAGUGAAGCAGCCUUUAACACUAGGAAAAGAUAACACGAUAUCCAAAUCGAGACGAUAUCCCGUCUGUUGUCGCAGUAUUGAUAUGAUAUCGAUAUAUUAGGCAGUCCUAUUUUUAGAUGGCAUUGGAUUUAUAAGUGUGUGAUUGUGGUGUAUGAGCUAAGACAUCAAAUCUCCGGUACGGUCCUUUACCUUUGCACUAGUAAACCACUGUUUAUGUGCCAAUGUUUUAUUUUUAGUUUUGUCUUAAUACAGUAAACCUAUUUACCACUGAAAGGGAACUGGCUGCAGUCCUUACUAAAGUGUAACCUCACACUAACCUGUGUGAUGGCUCCGUAAGCCUUAUUCAGUCGGGCCUUAAAGACUUCAGUGUGUGUAACCUCAGUGCAGUACAGGCCCAAAAUGUUUAUUAGUAUGUUAUUGUUGUUUUUUUAAUAAAAAUCUCUGUUGCCUAGCACGUGUCCAAAUCCAAAUAAAGCAAUAAAUCCAGA